AUGCUGAACUCGACGUUUACGAAAGAGGAAAGAGAAGAGGUGGUGAUCCCGUUGAAUGGGGAUGUACACGAGCAACACGAAGAACAUCCACAGUCACAGCAACUAGAACCGACCGACAUUGAACCCGAUCAGCUUUGCGGCUGCACUCGCGCCGAAAUUAUUGUGAUGAAACACGCGAUCAAGCAUUACAACGACAUAAUUAAGCGGCUCUUGCAUUCCGAUGGUAGCUCACUGUUAGCCCCGUAUCUGCUAACUGAUCUCUUACAGAAUUCGAAGUGCGUCGUUGUGCAAAUGGGCAAGUGGUCUCGCAGGGUCGAUGCACUGGACCAAAUGCCGGAGGCGGAGUGCCGACCGAGGAAUUGCAGAAGGCAUUGAAAGAAAGAGAUCAUGCCCGUGCCGAAGCGGACAAACUGCAUGCCAAUUACGCAACUCUUUUUGCUUCCUUCACGAGUAUCCGUGAGGCUGCCAACGAUAUCCGUGGAGAGUACGACGACGCUGCUGAUAAACUUAAAUUGGCGGCUGCGGAAGUGGAAGAAUGGCAGAACAAAUUCCAGGCGAUAAAAGAGAAUGCCAACGCCGAGCUCGAGCGGUAUUCCAUCAGAAGCGUUCCAUAGAAAAACAGGGUUUCAGAGCUUCCAUUGAGUACGAUGAUUUGGUGAGAAGCCACGAGGAAACACGAAGGGGCUCCGCCUGAAAGUCAGACGCCUUGAAAUCGAAUUGGCGAGCAAAAACGACGAGAACGGUGUGCUGACGAAUCGUGUUUCGGAACUGUCGGCCAUUUGCGAUCAACUCAUCAACGACGUCGACUUGUGCGAGUCGAUGUCCGGCCACUCGAUGGAUGCAUAAUUAGCUGCAACUCGCUACCCGAUUAAUUGUGAAUAACACAUGAAACGCUUUUUCUUUUUAUCAUUGCUGGGUUUUCAAUCAUUGUUAUGGGCGUACAGGAACAAUGUUCCUAUCUUUUGCUUUGACUUGUUCAUAUGUAUCAAGUCUUAUUACAGCUCAGAAUAUGAAGAAAGUAGAGAUUCUGAAAACCCCGCGCCCUCAAGUGCUUCUGGCGGCCGUCCGUCCACCCUCAGUCCCCUGCUCGGGCAGAAAAUCUCCAUAAAGGCAAGGCCGACGGCUGACGACGUGCCUUUUCUGGAGAGCCCCCGAGCAAUGAAGGAAGCGGUCCGGUUUGUUUCGGACAUUGGUGAAAUAACCGACAGUAUAUCGGUACGACUUCUAUCUUUUCUUCGGAAAACUACUCUUUCAGGAACUUGUAUCGAGCAGUCCGAAUUUCAUAGUAAUCUCAGCAAUCGGACCACAGGGAUCCGGAAAAUCGACUUUACUCAGCAUGCUGGCGGGGAACAAUUCCCGACAAAUGUACAGGUUUGUUGAGCACUCACAUUUUCUAGCUUUCGAAUUUAUCAUUUUUGUUCAGGGAAUACGUUUUCCGGCCGGUGUCACGCGAAGCGAACGAACAAUCUCGUCAUCAGACAUCUCUGAUCGAUGUGUACAUUAUCAACCACAUGAUAUUUUUGGAUUGUCAGCCAAUGCACAGCUUCUCGAUCGUCGAGAGUCUUCCGAAAACGCGAGGGGGCAGGUUUGACGAAGCCGCUGCACUAAGCGAUGUAAUUUGGAAGGACUGGGAAGAGAAGGAGUAGUUCAUUUCCAGACAAUCCGUCUAACCGCUUUCCUUCUGUUCGUCAGUCACACCGUUCUCGUCGUUUCGGAAGCGCAUUACGACAAAUACUUGAUCGACACGAUUCGAGCAGCCGAGCAGAUCCGUCCCUAUCUCCCUUGUUAUCGCCCUACACUUGAAAUUUACCGACGCACCAAUCUGAGUGAGACUGGCCAUUCCCAGCCCUGAUUUUCACACAAAACCGUUUUCAGUUUUCAUAAAAACAAAAGCAACUAGCCUCGACUUCGCCCCAUCUGUAAUUAGGGAACGAGAAGAGGUGAUUCGACUGUCAUUCCGAGAUGCGAGAUGGGUGAGAGUGUCCAAUGAACCGAUGAAAGCACACAUUCCCUUAGAGGAGAUACGGACGCGAAGAGAGCACAUUCAUGGUAUCUCUGACUUUUUCUUUGCACCUCAAUUAUUAUUUUACCCAGAUUUACUCGACGAAGACGUUGACGAAGUGAAAUUGAACGAGUUUGACGAGAGCAUCGCUCGGAUUCGCGAUGAAUUGCAGAAGAAUCGAGCAGAGUUCACGAUUGAUUCAGCGGCAAUGGACGAAAAGAAAUGGUCAGUGAACUGCAGUGAACUGCAGUGAAGCAACCCGAAUAUGUGUACUUUAGGCUGGAGAUGUGUCGAGAAGUCAUCCGAGACAAGAUACUGCACACGUCGCUCAAAGACUUUCAGAGCGGUCAACUUGACGUGCUCGAGAUGCCACUCAACGCCGACCCGGCCCGAGAGAUCCCGUCCAGAGCAGAGACGCCAGGUGAGACUCAUCAAGUCGCUCAACAAGCUUGAAACUGGAAUUCGUUUUCAGAGAUGCUUGAGUCGGAGGACGAGGAGGACUAA